UUUUUCUAUAUAAUCCAAAUUCAAAACAAUACUUAUAAUCUUAAAUUUAGUAAAUUGAGGUAGCUGAAAGUAUAUAUUUGUUUUGUUAAUUUGGAUCGUAUUCCAACAAAAAGCCACAAAUUGUUAUCAGCCACAAAUACAAAAAUGAUAAUUAGUUAUAACAUAAUAUAUAUAUGUGUGUGUGUGAUGUCCAUCACACAGCUACAUAAUAAGGUAUUUGAAUUUGGGCACGGAAAAUACUAUUACAAAAAGCUCUAUAGACAAAGAACUCUCCUCCCAAUCUCCAUUGAAAUGUCAAACCACUGGUUCUUGAAACUUACUAUGAUAAGUUUAGCAGGAGUAGGACUUUGCCGUGGUGGUAAAUAUAACAGGGAUGACUUUCCAGCAAACUUUGUUUUUGGUUCUGGGACUUCUGCAUAUCAGGAAGAUGUGCAACUCAUGGUGGAUACAGGGCUGGAUGCUUUUAAAUUUUCCAUCUCAUGGUCAAGACUUAUUCCAAAAGGAAGAGGACCAGUCAAUCCAAAGGGUUUGCAAUAUGCAAUAUUACAACUAAUCUCCCAUGGAAUUCAACCACAUAUUACGUUACAUCAUAACGAUCUUCCACAGACGCUUGAUGACGAGUAUGGUGGACGGGCCAAUCACAAGAUUGUUGGUAAAAAAAACUCUGGAGUUAAUUGCCUAUGCGAAUGGAGGGGAGACUUCAUAGCAUAUGCAGAUGUGUGCUUUAGAGAAUUUGGUGAUAGGGUUUUGUAUUGGACUACUGUAAAUGAGGCUAAUGUGUUUGCCUAUGGAGGUUAUGAUGUAGGGGUUACACCACCCCAGAGAUGUUCUCCUCCAUUUGAAUCACUGAACUGCACCAGAGGCAACUCCACAUUAGAACCUCACCUAGUAGCUCAUAAUAUCUUGCUGGCUCAUGCAUCAACCGUAAGCUUGUAUAGGCAAAAUAUCAGAUUCUUAGAUCCCCUGGUGUUUGGAGACUAUCCCGAAACCAUGAAAAGAAAUGCAGGCUCAAGACUCGCAGCUUUCACAAAUUAUGAGUACAAACUGAUAAAGGGUUCAUUUGACUUCGUAGGGGUGUUAUAUUACAGCAAUGCAACAGGAGAAGACAACCCUGAGAGUCUCGAGGUGCAACCACGAGAUUUUAGUGCAGAUGUUGCAGCAACCAUAAACUGUAUGCUUCAUUUUCUUACACUUAAAAGUUUUACCAUAUAAUAUUGUUUAGAUCUUCUCUACUAACAACUUGAGUUUUAUGAUUUGGGAAAUGUUUGAGAAAUUUUCUAGAUCCGGGCUCAUCAACAUCUCCAGUAAGAUUUGAAAUUUGAUUUUAUUUUUGCUAGCUGGCUACUUGUAUUAGUUGAUGACACUACUGCUAAUAUUAACAAUAUCUCUUUCUUUA